GACACAGUUCUUAGAUUCCAUUCUUUCAGUUUGGUUCUACGUACAGUUCGCAUUUCGUGAGAAAUACUCUAAAAUCGUCUAUAAUGAAAAUCAUCGCUUGCAUCGCUCUAGUCACCGCAUUGGUCGCAUUUGCGCAUGCCGAUGUCGCUCACUUAUCUCGAACAUAUUUGCCAGCAUCAUCACGUACAGUACAACUGACUAGCAGCGGUUAUACAUCUGGUAGCAAUAUCGUUACUAGUGGCACUUCAGGAUUUAGUGGAAAAUUAGUAGCUGCUCCAAAUGCUCAGCAACAAGCUUUCACAUCGUCAUCAUUCCAACAAGCACCUUCCAGUCAAAGUACUUACUCAUCCGUAAGCAGCAUACCAUCAACUGGUUUCAGUGGUAAAUUAAUUGCUGUCCAGCGCACAACAACAAUCUUUCACCUCAUCAUCAUCCAACAACAUCAAAGUCCUUUUACAUAUAAUGCACCACAGCUGGUUCAGCGGAAAUUAUUGCAGCUCCUGCAGCUCAACAACAAUCCUUCACCUCAACUUCAUUCCAACAUGCACCAGCCGCUCAGUACAGUUCUGCAUAUACUGCACCAUCUACCGGUUUUAGUGGAAAACUGAUUGCAGCUCCUGCAGCUCAACAACAAUCCUUCACCUCAACUUCAUUCCAACAUGCACCAGCCGCUCAGUACAGUUCUGCAUAUACUGCACCAUCUACCGGUUUUAGUGGAAAAUUGAUUGCCGCUCCUGCAGCUCAACAACAAUCCUUCACCUCAACUUCAUUCCAACAUGCUCCAGCGGGCCAAAGUGCAUUUUCACAAUACACUGCACCGUCUAGUGCUUUCA